AUGUCAUCGUAUGAGUAUAUCUACUUUUAUUUUCUCGAAGUGAUGCGGCUACAGCUAUCUUUUUUGUCAAUCAGUUUCUUAGCCAUGGCCACCUUCAAAGGUGCCGCGAAAGAGGCCCAACGGGCUAUGUUGCUUAUGAAACAACGAGAAAAAGAAAAACAAGAGUUGGAACUCCAGAAACGGAAGCUUGAGGCCGAAAUGCGCGUGGGUGAAAUAUCUACCAAGUUCGCGGUACAUUACGAUGCGAUCGAACAACAGUUGCGAACGGAUACAAUAGGUUUAGUUACUCUGGAUGAAAUGAAGGCUAGACAACGCGCUUUCAUGACACAGCGUGAGAAAGAGCUGGCUUUGGGCCGUUCUAAAGGUUUGUACGGUAGACCAGGUCAUGGAGGUACGGACAAGAAAAACAAACUUCAGCCGAGUUUGCUCUCUUUCGAAGAAGAGGAGGGAGAAGAAGAUGAGGAGGAGGAACUUAAAGAAAAAAAUGAAAGCACGCCGACUGCUCCCCUCAAAAGUACCGAAGAAGCCAAAGAAGUGGUGGAAGCUAAAGCCGAAGAGUCAAACGAUUCUACUGGUUUUGGUUUUUCAGAAUCGGGCUCUGCUCAAUCUUCGGAACAUACGCCAACAAAACGCCGCCGCUUGGGCAUGAAUCCUGCCGUGGAUACUAGCUUUUUACCGGACGUAGAUAGGGACGCAGAAGAGAAACGACUUCGGAUACAGAAGACAGCGCCAAUGGCAGUAUGGGUGCCACCCCCAAAUGAAUAUCAAGUGGCAUUUUAUGCGGCCCUAUCCAAAAGCAUUGAAACCAAGCCUGUUGAAAAUGACUGUGCCCUAAUUUUUGACUCCGUGUUGCUGAACCUGGGUAACGGUUACAACGCUACAAGCGGACAGUUUACGGCACCUGUUUCGGGCGUCUACGUAUUCGUUUUGGUCGUGUCAGCCCAAAGUUAUGAAAAGGCCGGUGCUCAACUUCUACACAAUGGAAAAGUCGUCCUCCUGUCAUGGUGCGAAAGCACCUUUUGGACCACCGUUACAAAUCAGGCAAUCCUGCAGCUGGAGAAAGGCGACAAUGUAUGGCUUCGAUGUCGUGAUGAAGCUUACAAACUUCACGGGUACAUGUACAGCAGCCUCUCCGGUUACCUGCUCUAUCCUGUCACAACCUGA